ACUUUUUUACGCCUUACGAAAAGUAAAGUGAGAAUCCUGCUCUCUAAUACAUCUGCAAGACAUCACCCUCUCCUGAAACUUUAGUCACUCCUGAGAAUCCGCAGGAGUGCAGAGAGGGGGGAACACGUUUUCUUGAAGAUGUUUUAAAGCUGGAACAAGCCUUCUUCUGUUGAUGCUUGAACUCUUGCCGGGGAAUAACUUUUUUAAAAAAACAUUUUUUAAAAACCCACUUUGAUUCUUCUCUCCCACCCCUUCUUCUCUCUUCCCUGUUUGCCUGACUCCCCCGCCCUGCUGGCCUGCCCUUCUCCUCUCUCCCCCUUAUUCUUAUUUUUAGUGUGCGCGUGGUGCGGACGCUUUUUGAGAAUUGAUUUUUUUUUUCUUCUGACCGAAACAGGGUAACUUUUUAAUUUUAUUUUUUGGUGUGGAUUAUCUCUCUCUGGACCGCGCCGGACUUGGCUUCAAGAAAGCAACCAAGGCUGCGGAAGGCUGCGGGUGCAGAGCGCUCUGCUCUGCAGAAGGGGUCCCCCGCCCUUUCCCCCACUUUCUCUCUCUCUCUCUCUCCACUCCCCCCUCUCUCUUCCCCACUCGCCUCCUCUCCCCCCUCGCCUCCACAGCCUUUGGUGUUGAUUCGAGCGGGAAGAGGGGGGUGGGUGGGAUCGAGGGGGGACCAUGACCUCCAGCUACGGGCACGUUCUGGAGCGGCAGCCGGCGCUGGGCGGCCGCUUGGACAGCCCGGGCAACCUCGACACCCUGCAGGCGAAAAAGAACUUCUCCGUCAGUCACCUGCUAGACCUGGAGGAGGCCGGGGACAUGGUGGCGGCGCAGGCUGACGAGAGCGUGGGCGAGGCGGGCCGGAGCCUGCUGGAGUCCCCAGGUCUCACCAGCGGCAGCGACACCCCGCAGCAGGACAAUGAUCAGUUGAACUCAGAGGAGAAAAAGAAGAGAAAACAACGCAGGAACAGGACAACAUUCAACAGCAGCCAGCUACAGGCUUUGGAGCGUGUCUUUGAGCGGACACACUACCCUGAUGCAUUCGUGAGAGAAGACCUUGCCCGCCGGGUGAACCUCACUGAGGCCAGAGUGCAGGUGUGGUUUCAGAAUCGAAGAGCCAAGUUCCGCAGGAAUGAGAGAGCCAUGCUGGCCAAUAAAAACGCUUCCCUCCUCAAAUCCUACUCAGGAGACGUGACUGCCGUGGAGCAGCCCAUCGUACCUCGUCCUGCUCCCAGGCCUACCGAUUAUCUCUCCUGGGGCACGGCCUCUCCGUACAGCGCCAUGGCUACUUAUUCUGCCACAUGUGCCAACAAUAGCCCUGCACAGGGUGUCAACAUGGCCAACAGCAUUGCCAACCUGAGACUGAAGGCCAAGGAAUAUAGUUUACAGAGGAACCAGGUGCCAACAGUCAACUGAGGAAAAACAAUAAUUAAACAGGCCUAAGAAGAAAUCAAAAACCAUAAGACACCUAUCCUGCUCUGUCAUUUCUUCCUCCGCUGGAAAAAAAAGUAAAUCAAACAAACAAAACAGAAACAAAAUAGUGGGACCAUGGCAGAAAAAAGCAGGAGAGGAGCAAAAUGAAAAUUAGUUAAGAAAUGUUCCUCCUCCCUCUGGAUACCACCACCAUUUGUGUCUGUAUGUGUUUAUUUUGUUUUUCCUUCUAUUCAUGCUUUGCUUAAUAUACUCUAAGCUUCUUCAGUUAGGUUCAGCCCACUCAUCCCAUAAUUGUAUGAGGCUUUCAGAAAAUCUUCAGCAGCCAAAGAAAUCACAUAUAUAUUCUGAACGAAUACCUGUAGUCUGCCCAUCAAACUGUUUGGACCCCAGUGCCUUACUCUGUCAUCUUCCCAGUUCUCUUUAGGUGCAUUUGAAAAGCCAAAAUCUGUUUGAAGAAUGUGUGCCCAUUAUAAUUCCCUUUCUCAUUUCCAUGUCUGUUGGACAUGGUAAGGUUUUUCAUCAGCUACUGGAAAAUAAGAAUUAUGUAUAACUUCUGGUCACUAGCUUGUGGAUCAGUGUGAUUGGCUGUCUUGUUAAUUCUAAGCUCUAGAUCUAUGCUCUAGAUAUAAGUUAUGGAUUUAAACUUUGAGCUAUCUAUUAUUAUAUCACCAUCAACACCCCUCCUAAUCCCCGUUCAAUUGGCCAUCUUAGAGAUACUAGUUGUCUUUGAACAAUUUGCUGUCACAGGUUCUUUGCUUGAGGAAAUGUUUUUCACUUGAGAGGGAAAGAAAUUUCACUAGGAAAACAAAGACUGGAUUUUCAAAGGCAUAAGCUACAUCUUUUUGGUGCCUUAAGAGUAAUCAGAUGCACACUUAUAUAUAUACUGCAUGUAUUUAUAUAUUUUAUAUAUAUAUAUAUAAUAUUGCAAGCUUGAAUUUGCAGAAUCUCAAACACUACAAAAAGCAACUUUCACUCCAUCACUACUAUUCUUAUCUUGACAGUGAUAAAAUGUUAAUUAGAUAUCUUGCUGCUUUUGGUAUUCUACACAAAAUUUUCACUAAGGCCACAGAGCAAUUAUCAGGGCAGUCAUUUGAGGCCCUUUUCACACUGGGGCUUUGAAAGGAGUUCAAAAGUAUUAGAGACUAUAAAGAUGUUUUGAAUUUGGAGCCUGAGCUCUGGUGGAAUGCUGAUACAUUCUACUCUAUCAUGGGAAUUACAUUUAGAGGAGAGAAAUAUGUUUAGUACCCUGCUUUCUCUUCACUCACUAGAAAUAUGAAAGAUAAAAACAAAUGUGGAAUACACAAAGAGUUGUCUAAAUUCUAAAAUUUUUAAAGGCAACUGUGGAAUUUUAUUUUUCAGUAUUUGGAAAUAAAGCUUAGCAUCUAGGACUGGGAUCCAGGACUGAUAUUUCUUUAUUUCUAUCUCUUUAUUCCCAGCCAUACAUUUGUAACUUGCCAGGUAGACUUGACCAAACCAUUACCAUGCAGUGCCUCAGUAUGCAUAUUUAUAAAGUGGGUUGGACAAUACUUACCUACCUCACAGGGGUGUUGUGAGGCUUUAUUCAUUUGCUCCUCCAUUCUUUCCUGCAUUCUUGGUAUGUCCAGCACUUUGGCCAUGGGAUGAAAGGAUCUCUAAAAAUGUACAGUGUUGAUGGAAUCAUAUGGUACCUGGCUGCCUUGUUUCUGGCAAGGAAAUGCUACCUUGCUGUACAUACUUAUAACCUUGUAUUUGGAAAGGAGAAAUAGGUCUAUUUUUCAGAUAUCUCAAAAGUCACAACAUUUGACCAAAGAGUAAUUUAAGACACACAGAAUAGACAUAUUUUUAACUUAUAUUCUUAUCCUGACCAACUUGGUUCUAAAUGUUUAGUUACCAGUGAUUAAAAAGGUGUAGAUUGAUUUUGGCCAAGUGUACCAACUUUGUACUGUAAGUUACAGCCAAGGAAUUUAGGGCACAAAAAUGCACUUUUAGCACACAUUUGCAUUUCCUUUGGUGUAUCAGAUUGAGUUGAGUGAUUUUUCAGUCAAAUAGCCACCAUGUGAAAAUGUAUUUCAAGUAUUGAGUUUUUAUUUCUUCUAGUAGUGUGAAGGAAUCUCAUUUCAUGUAUUUUGCUUUCAACAACUGAUUCCCUCUUCUUGUAACACACUAGUAAAACAUUUCUUAGGAAAGGUUCAUGUAGAUUGGGUGAACAGCACAUGUUACUUGCUUCUAAGGAGUCUUUCAAUACUAUAUUUUGUCCCAUUAAUUGCUGUGGACCAUUAAGUUUCAAAGGAACAGUAUGUCCUUACAAACUGAGAUAUUCUUUCAUUUGGGAAGUGAGUGUAAUCCCACAGAUUGCUGACUUUGGGGGGUGUGAAGUUGGAGGAGCGUAGCUAAAAGAGAACUUGUAUUAUAGGAAAUGAAUAGAAAUCACACACGAAAAGGUUUUGCUAAGAAGGGGAUAAUAUUAGAAGAGAAUUUUACAAGGGGAGAAUCUAAGAAGAGAAUCAUAGAGUUGGAGAGACACCCAUUUCCAUGGCCAACAGAAAAGCUUUAGCCCAUAAACGUGAACAGUUGGGGAAAUCAUGGAGUUUUAUCCAAUGUCUUGGGUAAGAAGUGCCUGGGAAUUGCAUAGAGUAACCAUUACGAGUCAGUCAUAUGGAUGUUCAUUGUUGGUUAAUUAAUUCCAUAAACAUCUAUUAUUUGAGCACUUGGUCAGAUAGUAUACAUGUAGUGGCAGCAUUCAGUUUUGUUCAUUUAUUAUUGAUUUUUUUAAAGUACAACUUUGAUAUGUGAUUUGGAGGACCAGCAUUCUGGCUUUUGAGCCAGUUGUCAGAGGAGAGUCUCAGUGCCACCAACUUUGGGGCAUACCUCUGUUCCAUCAUUCACCCAGAUGCAAAUGAGGAACUCUCUGUGUCCCCAGUCCCUCCUCAAGGAAGAUGCUGAUUUGUAGGAUACUUGGUAGGUUAAGUUAAACCAGAAGAAGUGACCUAAUAAAAAAGGGAAUGACAUAAUGAUAUAAAGGUCUCAUAAGAAAUGUAAUAUGUAAAUUAUAUCUUGCUUUAUGAUGUAAAAUACAUUGUUUGCGCUAGAAUAGAAAUGAUUCCUUUUCAAUAAAAUGAAAGAAGGAUGCUAUAA